UUUUCAAAGGAACAAGUGUCGUCGUUAGUAAAGAUCUCUUUAUUCGUUAAUCUUCCUCGCAAUUAAUUGACGCAUGACGAAUUAAUUUUACCUAUCAACCCAUAUCGCUAACGACUUAUCGAUUGUGACAAACGUCUGUCGUCAGCGGGCUAUAAAAGAGACUAGAAGCAUAAGUCAAAAUAAAAAUUACCUACGACUUCGUGCGCGAACCUCCACAGAAAUGGACGUGGCUAUACCUGCUUUGGCAUUAAUUUAUCCUUCUUUCUUGACGUCCCUCGUCUCGAGUCCGAAUUGUACAAUCUUCGCAAACGACCAUGGGGUCGCGUACGUGAUCGACAUCAGUGAACAUUCAAUGAAGGAAGCAGAAGUCACAGAGUUAGAAGACGCCGUUAUGACGACCAGUUUCUUCCUGUACACUCGAAACAAUUUGAAAGUCGGCCAGGAACUAUACAUCAACGACUUGGACAGCGUAAGGAACAGUUAUUGGGAUCCCAAACGUUCUACUCGUUUCGUCACUCAUGGUUGGCAAGGAAGUAUCGAUACGGUUGCCUGUGUUCUCAUUCGAGAUGCAUAUCUCAAAAGUGGCGAUUACAACGUCAUCCUGGUCGAUUGGAGGCAAGCGGCCAGUUACAUCUAUUGGAAAUCGGUAUACAAUAUACCGAAAAUAGCGAGUCGCACGACUCUUAUGCUGGACUUCCUGCGGAAACACGCGGGUCUGAAUCCAAAAACGACUAAACUGAUCGGGCAUUCGUUAGGAGCGCACGUCUGCGGACUUGCUGCUCGUUUCGCGGGUGACAAGAUCAACGAAGUAGUCGCUUUGGAUCCUGCGGGACCCAUGUUUUCGGGAAAAGAACCAGGCUACAGAGUAGACAAGACGGACGCACGUCGGGUUCAGGUGAUACACACAAACGCAGGAACUCUGGGCAUGCAGGAGGCAAUUGGCACCGCUGACUUUUAUCCGAAUGGUGGCAAGAGACAGCCGGGAUGCAAACUUGACUUGAUAGGUACGUGUGCGCAUUCGAGAUCUUACAUGUACUACGCCGAAUCCAUCCUGAAUCCCAAAGGUUUUCGCGCUGACGAUGUGUUCAUGGGAGGACCGGUUCUCGAUCCGCAUGCAAAAGGAGAAUACACUCUGGAAACUAACAGCGAGUCGCCGUUCGCCCUCGGAUAAUGACCUGUUCUUCUUAUAGUUGUUACUUUUGUAAAAAUAUUUAUAAUAUUGAAGAUAACUUUUUUAAAAAUACACUGUAGUACCAGACCAAGUCAUUCCGUUAGCUCACUAACGACGAACAUACUAGCAUUGAUAAUGAAUGUUCACGUGUCCAGAUUAUUCACUUGAUAAAUCGAUUAAAUUAUAAAAUUUAAAAACGAUUGAGUUCAUAAAAUGUAUUACUAACGGAAUGCAAUGCAAGUCUACUACUGAGAGUUAAAUAUACUAGUCAAUAGAAUAUUAGUCCGAAUAUUAUAUAUUACAUAGUAAAUUAUGAUAUGGUAAUAUCAUAAUUUGUGCUACAUUAUAACAUAGCUAUGCUGA